AUGGAUUUGUCGAUUGACAUGAAAUCGUGUUCAGACACCGACGGAUUUUCGUGCGACCGUUGCGGAAAAGUAUUCAGUUAUUCAUAUUACCGAGAUAAACAUCUCAAAUACACAAGAUGCGUUGACAAUGGCGACAGAAAGUUUCCGUGCCCAAUAUGUCCAAGGUCUUUCGAAAAAAGGGAUCGCCUACGAAUUCACAUUCUGCAUGUGCACGAAAAUCACCGACCUCAUUUGUGCUCUGUUUGCGGAAAAGCUUUCAGUCAGUCAAGUAGUCUCAAUAAGCAUCAUCGUGUACAUUCUGGGGAGCGACCAUAUAAGUGCACAUUUUGUCCAAAGGCGUUUACUGCUUCGUCGAUUCUGCGCACUCAUGUAAGACAACACAGUGGUGAGAAACCAUUCAAGUGUGCGCACUGUGGAAAACCGUUCGCCUCUCACGCUGCUCAUGACAGCCACGUUCGGCGCACACAUGGUGUACAGAAGGACUGA